AUGACGCACGGCAGCGGAUGCAACAUGGAAGAACCACAGCUUCAGCGUCGUGCGCCGACUUCACCCCGUCGCCGGCCUUCCCAGCCUGCGGCAGCGGCUAAGAUGAGGCGUGCCAUCUCUUCAGAGGCCUCAGGAGAGGCAACCUCAUCGAGACAGACCAUGCUACACGCCUUGACACGGUUCCUCCGCUCCACUAGACGUCAGUCGCAGCCGCAGGAUACGCCUACGCGAGACCAUCAUCGAAGCAAGAACGCCAAUCGCUCCCGUAGUGGGCGAGCCUGCUCAAAGGCAUCCGAGCAGGAUGAGAUUCCCCACGGCAGCCAGCUGGGGGUCCGUCCACCAGCCGUCCACCCUCUCCCCGUUACAAUUGUCUCUGACAUGGGUCACGUCAGGUCGCGCAUCUGGGAAAAUUCAACGGUUACGUUUGCGCUCGCGGUCAGUCAGCGAGGCCUGGACUACCCAACGGAACUAACUAGCCCGCAUACAGAUAUCGUCCCCGUACUGGCGCAGCUUCUAGAGCACUCUCCGGCAACCUCUCGUGCCUACCUAUGCCACCCAUGUGUGCAGCAUAUUUCGAAACUACGGCGUGAAGGUUCGUGCGGAUUUUGCGGGUAUCGAAACAUUCAAAUGCUUAUCUCUUACAUUGUUGGGGCAGAGGCAUUCGGGGCCGAACUCUUUGGCAACCGAGUGCCGCCAGUCUUUGACAUUCAAGACCUAAUUGAAGCCGCAUGGGACAUGGGAUACAACCCCCAGGGGCGCAUUGAAACCGGCGGUAUCAAAGGCACGCGGAAGUUUAUCGGCACGCCGGAGGUAACUCUGAUUUGA